GUGAGCUGGCCGCCCUCGGAGAUAAACACGGAUAUUAAUGAAGAUUCGUCCUUAAUUAGUUUAGUGUUCGCUGCGGUCAAGCCCAGCAGACACGGUAACCCUCCCCCGGCCGACCGCCGUCUCCCCGCGGCGCGGUAGGUGAGGGGACGCCGCUGGGAGCGUCGCAGUUCCUUGGCGCUGAGCUUUCGCCGCCCUGCGUCGACUCGGUGUGUGUAGCCAGGGUUUUUGUGGGUUCUAGACUGAAACGACGUUUUAGGCAAGAUGAGUCCGACUCAGUGGGAUCUCCCUCCAGAGCUGUGCUGCAGGCCCAUGGCCUUUGUGGCUCUCACUGGCCUGGAUGUGGUCUACAACGCAGUGCACAGAGCCAUAUGGGAUGCUUUCUGUGCCAACAGGAGGGCAGACAGGGUGCCCAUUUCCUUCAAAGUCCUACCAGGAGACCAUGAGUACCCAAAGUGCAGAACUAAGAGAACCUCCUAUGAGUGGUACAUUCCCAAAGGCAUCCUAAAGACAGGCUGGAUGAAUAAACAUCUGAACUUGGUGCCUGCUCUGGUGGUGCUGUUCUAUGAGCUGGACUGGGACGAUGCCCAGUGGAAGGAGAAGCAGUCGGAGUGUGCCACCAAAGUGGAGAUAGUCAGAACAAGUCUGCAAGGAAGAAACACCAAGGUUGCUGUUGUUUUAAUCCAGAAGAAGACCCCCCUCCCCCCAGGUGAGGAUGUGGUGGCGUCGGAGAGGGCUGCCGCUCUGUGUAGUGCCUGUGAUCUCUCUGGGAAAUCCUUGUUUGUCCUCCCCCAUACGGAUCAUCUUGUAGGAUACAUCAUCAGGUUGGAGAAUGCAUUUUAUGAGCAUGCUCAAACUUAUUACUAUAAUGAGAUAAGGAGAGUGAAAUCUCACAAAGAGUUCCUGAAUAAAACUACACAUCAGCUGCUGUUCGUCAGACAUCAGUUUAAGACUGGUUUCUUCAGCGAGCUCAAGCAGGACACACAGAAUGCCCUCAAACACUAUAGGACUGCCUACAGUCUGGUCCAUGAGCUCCGAGCCCAUGAAACCAACAUGCUUGAGAUCAAGACUUUGGCGGGGUUUAUCAACUACAAGAUCUGCAGGCUGUGCUUCCAGCACAACACCCCUCUGGAUGCUAUUGCCCAGUUCAGGAAGCACAUCGAUCUGUGUAAGAAGAAGAUUGGCAGUGCCGAGUUGGCCUUUGAGCACACCGCCUGGAUGUCGAAACAGUUUCAGUCAUUUGGUGAUCUGUUUGAUGAGGCCAUCAAACUGGGCCUCACAGCGAUUCAGACGCAAAAUCCUGGCUUUUAUUACCAGCAGGCUGCCUGCUAUGCCCAGGAGCGCAAACAGCAAGCAGGCCAGCUCUGCAGCCAUGAGCCAAAUGUGAGUUAUCCCACACCAGACCCUUUGGAGACGGCCACAGGAGCGCUUGACUUCUAUGGGCAGAGAGCAUGGAGACAAGGCCACCAGAGUAUUGAUCCACCCGACCCAGAGAAGGAGAAACAGGGCAUCCUUGCUCUCCAGCUGAAGGAGAAAGAUGUGCUGCAUUCGGAGCUGAUCAUUGCAUUACUCAGCAAUGCUGUGGCGCAGUUCAAGAAGUACAAGUGUCCUCGUAUGAAGAGCCAUCUAAUGGUUCAGAUGGGAGAAGAGUACUACCAUGCCAAGGACUACACCAAAGCUUUAAAAUUGUUGGACUACGUGAUGUGUGACUAUCGGACUGAGCGCUGGUGGACUCUCCUCACCUCCAUUUUGUGUACAGCUCUGAAGUGCUCUUACCUGAUGGGCCACGUCAAAGACUACAUAACCUACUCUAUGGAGCUGGUAGGCAGAGCCUCUACUCUGCGUGAGGAUCAGAAGUCCAGAAUUGAGAAGAAUCUGAUCAGAGUGCUCAUGAAUGAGGUUCCAGAGGCCGAGCCGGACUGUGACCCGGGGUCUGUAAAGGCAGCUCAGGUGUUGUGGAGUGACCGCAUUUCUCUGGCAGGCAGUAACGAGUUCACCGUCGAGGUGCAGGACUACGUGCCCUUCAUUCAAUGCAAGGCCAAGUUCCUGUCUCCCAGUUUCCAUGUGGAUGAGCCCGUUCAGCUGCAUGUUUACCUGAGAGCUGACUGCCCCCACCCCGUUCGCUUCGCCAAGCUGUGUGUCAGCCUCAGCAACCAGGAUUAUAACCAGUACUGCCUGGUGGAGGAGGCAUGCAAGGGGAAGGACAUUCUGGAAGCUUCCUCUCAGGAGAACAUGUGUCUGGUGCCUGGCAAGACCCGGAAAUAUUGCUUCAAAUUUGUAGCCAAGACUGAGGAUGUUGGCCGAAAGAUAGAGAUCACCCAUGUGGACCUGAUGCUGGGCAGUGAGAAUGGCCGCUGUGUCUAUCUGAACUGGAGGGGUGGUGGCGGUGAUGCUGCUUCUGCUCAAGAGGCGCUGCAGGCAUCACGUUCCUUUAAGAGGAGAACUCGUCUCCCGGAGCAUCAGGUUGACUGGGACGCAGUUUCCAUCCAGGCCGGCACCAUGAUCAUAUCUCGAGUGCCCCGAAUCUCUGUGCAGCUGCAGCACGAGCCACCAGCCCUGACCAAUGAGAUGUACUGCAUAACUGUCAUUGUCCAAUCAGCAGAGGACACAGUGGCCAAAGACGUCAGUCUCACUGCUGGUCUCAAACCAGGUCAAGAUGCAAAUCUCACGCAAACAACCCACGUCACACUGAAUAGCACAGAGGUGUGUGAUGAUGCUCAUCCUGCUCUACUCACUGAUAUUUCCAUUGGAGACUUACAGCCAGGACAGAAGAUUGAGAAGAAGCUGUACAUUCGCUGUGUCAGCACUGGGUCCAGAAUCUUCCUGUUUCACGUCUCUUACGCCAUGAGUACCACAGUGGAAGGCAAAGAGAUCACAUGCAGGUGUCACAAGGAUGAAACAGUCACCAUAGAGACGGUUAUUCCAUUUGAAGUGGCAGUCAAGUUGGUGUCCACCAAGUUUGAGCAUCUGGACCGCGUGUAUGUGGACGUGCCCUUCUUGCUGAUGAUGGAUAUUUUGAGUGCGUCUCCGUGGCCCGUACAUCUGGUCAGCAGUGACCUGCAGUUAACCUCCAACAUGGCUGCUGUUGAUCAGCCGCAGAGUCAGGUGGAAGGAGUGGUGCUGCAGACGGGCGAGUGUGCAAGUGAGUGUUUCAGUCUGAAAUGCCCUCCAGUUCAGAACGGCACCAGCACAGUGGCAGCAGGACAGUACCUUAUCUCAUGGAAGAGAAAAUCAACAUGCACUGAGACUCCAGUGGUUAAGACAACGGUCAUCCUCCCUCAUGUUAUUGUAGAGACUAUUCCUCUGUAUGUCCAUGCAGAGUUGCCCUCGUUCGGCCGUGUGCGCGAGUCUCUCCCUGUGUGGUAUCACAUUGAGAACCGAACUGGGGUGGUUCAGGACGUCGAUGUGUCUGUGGAGCCUAGCGAUGCCUUCAUGUUCUCCGGACUCAAACAGGUGCGGAUGAGGAUCCUGCCGGGUGCAGAGCAGGAGAUGGUGUAUAAUUUCUAUCCCCUGAUGGCCGGCUAUCAGAACCUGCCCCUGCUCAACAUCAACCUGCUGCGCUUCCCCAAUGUCUCCAGCCAACUGCUGCGCCGCUUCCUCCCCACACGCAUCUUUAUCAAGCCUCAGGGACGAAACGGAGAUGCCUCCAUCGCGGCCGCCUGAGAAAGGCAUGGGUGAAACAUGCAAAACAACAUAAAUGUCAGACCAGUUUAGCUGUUUGUUUUACAGUGGUAUGGAUUUGGGUGAGUGGGACUGCUUCUUUGUGACAGUAAAAGAGGAAAGUCCUGAGAUUCUUCUAACAGACCUCUUUGAAAGCUGCAAUUAAGAAUUGGCACUGCAACAACACAAGUUCACUUAGGACUAGUAAUACACCAUUUUCACCAGGCAUGUCACAUUUCAGGGGGGCAGACUGGUCUUGUGAGGUUAAAAGGAUGAAAAAACAUUCCUUUUUUUUCUUUGGUUGGAAGGAGAUUCAAUAUGUGAGUGUGAGGGAAAUAAUCAGUUCAUAUUAUAAUGAUUUAAUACAUGACACACGUCCUUAUCAUGACUUGGUACAUGGUGUAACAUGACAUUACUGAUGCUGUUGAACUGGACUGUCCUAGCCUAAUGUAUAUUGUAGCUGUGAUUUAAAACAUUAUGCCUUCAUUGUUUUUGUUUUUUAUUUAACACUUUGCUUUCAAUUGUUCUGCAACUGCUGCUGUUAUUAAUAAAUCUCUAUUAAUUCUCUAACGCAACACUUUAUGGUCUGAAUCGCUAUUAAUGAAAUAAAUGAUUAUCGCCAGUCAGCAUAAACGUCUUGAAUGUUCCUAAUGUAAUUAAAUGUUGCUUAAUUUAAAGGGCACUAGUUAAAUAGAAACAAACACAUGUAGUGUGCAAGAUAUCAUCAGGUUUAUUUGCAUUAAAAUACAUUUGUUUGAAAAACAAUCGUAUGAAUAAAUCAUGCUUGUGAAGUCUU